GUUUAUUUAUAUCCGUGCGAGAACGUCCACAUUUCUUUCAUUUCUCAUCGAAAUUUCCCUUUUUUUUUCAUCUGACACGAACCCACCAGAAACAGAAAAAAAAAACAUCUCUGGGCUUCAGUUUUCCAGGAAAAUCUUUGCUGGGUUCCAGUUUUCCUGGAAAAUUUUAGCGAUGGAGGGUACUAGUCUUCAGAAAGCAAGUAGCAGCAUGAGGAGAAACUCUUCAAGGUGGAGGAGAGAUACAGGGAUGGAGGCUUUCUCAAGAUCGGUUCGGGAAGAAAACGACGAGGAAGCUCUAAGAUGGGCUGCUCUCGAGAGGCUUCCGACGGUCGACAGACUCAGGAAAGGAAUUUUAACGGCCUCCCACGGCGGCGGAGUCAGCGAGGUCGAUAUUCACAACCUUGGGUUCCAAGAAAAGAAGAAACUGCUCGAGAGGCUCAUGAAAGCCGGCGACGAAGACCACCAGAAGCUCCUCCAGAAACUCAGGGAUCGCAUCGAUAGCGUCGGAAUCGAAGUUCCGACAAUAGAAGUUCGAUUCGAGCAUCUGACAGUAGAAGCAGAGGCUCAUGUCGGAGGCAGAGCUUUACCCACGUUCGUUAAUUUCAUCUCCAACAUCGCCGAGGGGUUUCUGAAUAAUCUGCAUAUCCUUCCGAGUCGAAAGAAAAAGUUAACCAUACUAAAAGACGUCAGCGGAAUCAUCAAACCUAGCAGGAUGACUCUGCUCUUGGGUCCUCCAAGUUCUGGGAAGACGACUCUUUUGCUUGCCUUGGCGGGAAAGCUUGGUUCUGAACUGAAGCAAACUGGGAACGUGACGUACAACGGGCACGGAAUGAACGAGUUUGUGCCACAGAGGACGGCAGCAUAUAUAAGCCAACACGACACUCACAUCGGCGAAAUGACCGUCCGUGAGACCUUUGCUUUCGCUGCUCGCUGCCAAGGAGUCGGCUCUCGCUAUGAUAUGUUGGCCGAACUGUCGAGAAGAGAGAAACAGGCUAAUGUAAAGCCGGACCCCGACAUCGAUGUCUUUAUGAAGGCCAUAUCAAUGGAGGGUCAGGAAGCAAGUGUCAUUACAGACUAUAUGCUCAAGGUAUUAGGACUAGAGGUAUGUGCUGACACACUGGUCGGAGACGAAAUGUUAAGAGGGAUUUCGGGAGGGCAGAAGAAGCGUGUCACGACAGGCGAGAUGUUGGUUGGACCCGCGGGAGCGUUGUUCAUGGACGAAAUAUCGACGGGUCUAGACAGUUCUACGACGUAUCAGAUCGUGAAUUCCAUCAGAAACUACAUCCAUAUCUUCAACGGAACAGCUGUUAUCUCGUUGCUUCAGCCUGCACCCGAGACCUAUGAUCUCUUCGACGAUAUCAUUCUCAUCUCAGAUGGUCACAUAGUUUACGAAGGCCCUCGGGACCAUGUCUUGGAGUUCUUUCAGUCCGUCGGUUUCAAGUGUCCUCAGAGAAAGGGUGUCGCCGAUUUUCUCCAAGAAGUGACCUCGAGGAAAGACCAGAUGCAGUACUGGGCACGGCCUGAAGAGGCGUAUAGGUUUAUAACAGUGGAGGAGUUUGCAGAAGCGUUUCAGUCUUUCCAUGUCGGGCAGAGUCUCGGGGAUGAAUUAGGGUUACCGUUCGACAAGACGAAGAGCCACCCAGCCGCUCUUACCACCGAGAAAUAUGGAGUAGGGCCGAAAGAACUUCUCAAAGCCAACUUCUCGAGAGAGUACUUGCUCAUGAAACGGAACUCUUUCGUCUACUACUUCAAAUUCGGACAACUUUUCGUAAUGUCGUUUCUCACGUUGACACUCUUCUUCCGAACCGAGAUGCAUAAGAGGAAUAUACUGGAUGGGACUGUUUACCAAGGAGCUCUGUUCUUCAUCCUUACGAUGUUGAUGUUCAAUGGCAUGUCUGAACUUUCAAUGACCAUCGCGAAACUUCCGGUGUUCUACAAGCAACGAGACCUUCUGUUCUACCCCGCAUGGGUCUACUCUCUUCCUCCAUGGCUGCUCAAGGUACCUAUCAGCUUCAUCGAAGCAGCCAUUACGGUUUCCACCACUUAUUACGUCGUGGGCUUUGAUCCUAACGUCGGAAGGGUUUUCAAGCAGUACCUUCUGCUUGUGCUCGUAAACCAGAUGGCUUCCGGGUUGUUCAAGUUCAUUGCUGGAGUGGGGAGGAACAUGAUCGUCGCCAACACGUUCGGCUCGUUUGCCUUGCUAGUGUUCUUCGCGUUGGGCGGCAUGGUACUGUCACGAGAUGAUAUCAAGAAAUGGUGGAUAUGGGGGUACUGGAUAUCUCCCAUGAUGUAUGGACAGAACGCGAUCGUGGCCAACGAGUUUCUCGGCCACAGCUGGAGUCGACUUGCUCCGAAUUCCGCCGAGUCAUUGGGAGUUACGAUCUUGAAAUCUCGUGGAUUCUUCGCCCAUGCUUACUGGUACUGGAUUGGAGUUGCGGCCACAGUCGGCUUCACUUUGCUGUUCAACUUCUGCUUCGCUUUGUCCAUCACCUUUCUAAACGCAAUUGGGAAGCCUCAAGCUAUCUUACCAGAAGAACACGCGAGUGGUGGGAACGAUCCCGGAAAUGAAACGGAGCUUCGGGUUGGAGCUGAAGGAAACGGAAACAGGAAAAGAGGGAUGGUGCUCCCAUUCGAGCCACAUUCCCUCACCUUUGAUAAUGUUACUUACUCAGUCGAUAUGCCGCAGGAAAUGAAAGAGCGAGGUGUCGGAGAAGACAGGCUUGUUCUGUUAAAGGGUGUGAGCGGAGCGUUCAGACCGGGAGUGCUAACGGCUCUCAUGGGCGUAUCCGGUGCCGGGAAAACCACUCUGAUGGAUGUAUUAGCCGGAAGAAAGACCGGUGGUUACAUCGACGGCAACAUCACGAUCUCGGGUUACCCUAAGAAGCAAGAAACCUUUGCCCGGAUCUCCGGAUACUGUGAACAAACCGAUAUCCAUUCCCCUCAUGUCACGGUCUAUGAAUCCCUGCUUUACUCAGCCUGGCUUCGAUUGCCGAAAGAGGUCGACUCAGAAAAACGGAAGAUGUUCAUAGAAGAAGUGAUGGAGCUCGUGGAACUGACACCGUUAAGGCAAGCGCUGGUGGGGUUACCUGGGGUGAACGGUCUGUCCACUGAGCAGCGGAAGAGACUGACCAUAGCCGUAGAGCUGGUAGCUAACCCUUCCAUCAUAUUCAUGGAUGAACCCACUUCAGGACUCGAUGCAAGAGCUGCAGCUAUCGUAAUGAGGACCGUAAGAAACACGGUUGACACAGGCAGAACCGUUGUCUGCACCAUUCACCAGCCCAGCAUCGACAUAUUUGAAGCUUUCGACGAGUUGUUCUUGCUGAAGCGCGGAGGUGAAGAGAUCUAUGUUGGACCUCUCGGCCACCAUUCAACUCAUCUGAUAAACUACUUCGAGGGUAUUCAAGGAAUUAGCAAGAUCAAAGAUGGGUACAACCCUGCGACAUGGAUGCUUGAAGUUUCAAACAUUGCACAGGAAAUAGCUCUGGGGAUGAACUUCACCGAAAUAUACAAGAACUCAGAACUUUACAGAAGAAACAAGGAGAUUAUCAAGGAGCUGAGCCAACCAGCUCCUGCAUCAAAAGAUCUGUAUUUCCCAACGCAAUACGCACAAUCGUUCAUGACGCAAUGCAUGGCUUCGCUGUGGAAGCAACACUGGUCCUACUGGAGAAACCCGCCGUAUACCUCCGUCAGAUUUCUCUUCACGGUUGGCAUCGCUGUCAUGUUCGGCACCAUGUUCUGGGACCUCGGAGGCAAAACGACAAAGCGUCAAGAUCUGUUCAACGCAAUGGGCUCCAUGUACACAGCUGUUCUCUUCCUCGGCCUCCAGAACGCCGCCUCCGUACAGCCUGUCGUCGCCGUCGAGAGAACUGUGUUUUACCGAGAAAAAGCUGCCGGAAUGUACUCCGCCAUGCCCUAUGCCUUCGCUCAGGUCUUGAUCGAGAUACCGUACGUGCUAGUGCAAACGGUGGCGUACGGACUGAUAGUUUACUCGAUGAUGGGAUUCGAGUGGACGGCGGCAAAAUUCUUCUGGUACCUAUUCUUCAUGUGCACAUCGCUCUUGACCUUCACCUUCUACGGAAUGAUGGCGGUAGCCAUGACGCCGAAUCACCACAUCGCCGCCGUUGUCUCCUCCGCCUUCUACGCCCUUUGGAACCUCUUCUCCGGCUUCAUCGUCCCACGACCUAGUAUACCUGUGUGGUGGAGAUGGUACUACUGGAUGUGUCCGGUUUCAUGGACACUGUACGGACUAAUCACAUCCCAAUUCGGAGAUGUCGAUGAUAUGAUGGCAGAAGGGGCGACGGUGAAACAAUUCGUGAGAGGCUAUUACGGAUUCAGACACGACUUCUUGGGAGUAGUCGCCGUCGUGAAUCUCGCCUUCCCGUUAUUAUUCGCAGUAAUAUUUGCGGUGGGCAUUAAAACUUUCAAUUUCCAAUCACGGUAGAGAAAAACAUGUUGUCAUCGUCAACCUGCCAGAUCGAGGUGGAGAAGCUGCAUCAGAAUCGCCAUUGGUGAGCAGUAAAGGGUUCUUAGCUUCAAGAACAAGAAAAAAGAAGCUGAAGGGGUAGUUUUGUCAUAAAUUAAAAGAUAAAUAUCAUUAGGGUUUGAAUGGAAUGUCUUCGGACAUUGUAGAAUAUAAAAGCUUUUUGAUAUUCGAAGAUCAAUGCAUGGAAACUUUCGUAUGGUU